AUGGCAGAAGCACGCAAAGCAGUCGAAGACCUCGUCCGCCUUUCGAGCCGCGUAAUUCGCAUCCUCGGCCAAAACCCGGGUUCUUAUACCCUAGCCGGAACUAACACGUACCUCAUCUCAACUCCUCCUGUGACCUCUUCUAAGCUCGUAUCCCGCCCUUCCGUAUUGGUUGAUACUGGCGAGGGAAUCGAAUCGUACAUUCCGAUCCUGGAACGCGCUCUCAAGGGCGCUGUCGAUGGUGAUGCACUUACCAAGCCAGCAUCGUCAAAGCGUCAAGAUGCGACCGAGGAGGAUGAAGAGGACGAAGAUGAUCUUACAUCGUGGAUCUCCGACAUCGUCCUGACCCACAGACAUCAUGAUCACGUUGGCGGCCUGCCCUCCAUCCUUUCUCUGCUCUCCAGGUUAAGAGCAGAAGCGACGGUGACGUUGCCUGCACCAAGGAUACACAAGUUCCCCGAUGCCGAGUCGGAUCCAAACCUUGUCAACAUGCUGCACAGCCUGCCAAAAGGCUCGUUUACUCCGUAUAGUCAGAACGAAGGCGUAGCGUCGCCUCUAUGGCCGCUGCGUGAGGGUUCGGUUGUCCGUGUGGCCAACGACGACAACGUUUCUUCUUCGCUCCAGGUACUGCACACACCUGGCCACACGGCCGACCACAUCUGUCUCUUGUUGAACGAGGAAAAGACGCUACUCACAGGUGACCACGUUUUGGGUGAGGGAACUACAGUAUUCGAAGACCUUACUGCGUACAUGUCGAGUUUGCGCAAGUGCUCGCAUGCUUUGGAGCAGCUCGGGCCUUCGCAAGUCGAAGCGGCAUGGACGGACGAGAAUCGUCUGUACCCUGCCCAUGGACCCGUAGUGGAGCAAGGCAGAAAGAUGCUCAAGCAGUACCUCGACCAUCGACUCGAACGAGAAGCGCAAGUUGUCGAGUUGCUCAAGACGUCACCGGAAGCAGAUGGAGCUCCAAGUACAUCUACGAUCACAGUUGCGGGCAUCGAGCAUCAAAUUGGUUCGCCCUGGAAGAUCCGGCAGAUGGUGCUCAAGCUGUAUUCGAACUACCCAGAGAACUUGUUCCCCGCGGCAGCGCGUGGAUUGUACCUCCAUCUGCGCACAUUGUCAUCUCCAGAUGUCGAGCAGGGCAAAGCCUCGCGAGUGAGGUGUCUACAGACCACAUCUUUUGCCAAGGGAGCGUCGGCGGAAGCGGUCGAGGAUGUGGGCAACUGUCCACCUAUGCCGCAGAGCGAUGCGGAAUGGGUCGAAGCGAUGGAGCUCAGCUGGGCGCUCCUUUUGUCUCCAUCGUCAUCUAUGCAGUCGGCCCUCUAG